GAUGGGUAAAAGUUAAAACCGAGCAUCCCAUUCCACGAGAGUUCCAGCUGGUGUAAAAAGUGGAGAACUGAUGUGGUCUGUGCACCGCUGUAUGUGGUCUGUGCGCCACCGUAGGAAAUGCCCCGCAGUUUCAAUUGGCGCCCAACACUCGAUCCCGCUCAGCUUCCUUCAGAAUUCUCAAUGACCUAACGUCUUUGUACUUGACUACUGCGAAGAGCUCGAGGAAAACCACUCAUGGAUGCUAAGUCCAACAAGCGCCGGGUUACCGAGGAAUCUCUGGCAGAAAACAGACCCUCAAAGCGACCCACAAUAGCGGCGGAUACUGCUCAAUCUUUCUUCGAUGGACACAGAUUCCAAAACAGUGGAAGUGGGGAUAUCAAGGUAACUGGGAAUGUGACCAUAGGCGCUUGGACAGAGAAGCCCGGGGACUGUCUACACGGCCUCUUCGUGACUGAUCCGCUCGAGGACAAGAACGCAUUGAAGCGGAAAAAAGGAGACCGUGCUCUCGGAACCUGUGAGUGGAUACUCCGCACGGAAGAGCUCACUGCCUGGCUUGGUUCCGGCCAGACAGCGGGCCAGGAGAGCGAGACGACCAAUGUCCUAUGGCUCCAUGGGAAUCCAGGGACUGGGAAAUCGACCAUAGCCAUAUACCUUACCGAGGAGCUGUCGACAGCUUUCUCCAAAACGGACAAAAAAACGCUAGCCUACUUUUUCUGUGACUCUAGCUUUGCGGCACGGAGGGAAGCGACCUCGGUUAUCAAAGGACUUCUCUACCAGCUCGUAAAACAGCACCCACAGCUUCUCGAUUACCUCUUACCAAAAUAUAAUGAGCGUGGGGCAGAGUUGUUCAAAUCCUUCGACGCUCUCUGGACCAUAUUCAUGGCCGCCGCCGCGGAUCAGAGCACAGGUCGAAAAUACUGCAUCAUUGACGCGCUGGAUGAAUGCGAUCGAGAAUCGCAAAAUAUCCUUUUGCAACAGCUUGAACGAUCCUUUCAGAGCCGAGAUGUCUCGUCAAAUGUCCGGAUUUUGGUCACCAGUCGGCCGUAUUCCGAGAUACGCGAAUGCUUGGAAGGGUUCCCGAACAAAGAUUUGGCUUCUUUCUCCGAGAGACAGCAGGAUAUUGAUCUGUUCAUCAAGGAAAAAGUGGCAGACCUUGCCCAGAGAAAAAAAUACACCGACAAGGUCAAAGGGCAAGUCAGCGAUAUCCUCAGAGACAAGGCCAAAGGUACUUUCCUCUGGGUUGGCUUAGCCUGUGAGGAGCUCAAGGGUACUGCUUCGCAACGCGCCAUCCAAAUCUUACAAAGCAUGCCUAAAGAACUUGAUUCGCUCUACAAGAAGCUUCUUGACACAGCUCUUAACCAGGAUGAGGUCAGCCGCGAUGACAUCCGACGCAUCCUGAGCUGUGUAGCUAUAUGUUCGCGACCACUGACCGUGUUGGAGCUCUCUGAAGCAUGCCACCUGCACCAGGAUGAAGAGGACGUUGAGACCCGGGUCCAGUUCACACGCGAGCAUAUCGCGUCCUGCCGCCUAAUGGUCAUCAUUCAGGACGACAAGGUGCUCCUGCUGCAUCAGUCUGUGAAGGACUAUGUAUUUAGGGCUCUUGCUGACUAUUUCACUGACGAGCGCGAGGCUCAUGCCGACCUUGCCUAUCGCUGCGUUGAUCUCCUUACCGACCCGGAUCAGUCGCGUAACAGCUUCUUGGAUUAUGCGACUCUGAAUUGGCCUCAUCACGCACUCAUGGCGCAGUCGACAUUCAAGGUCGGCUCGCGAGCCGAGUUUUUCCGAAUUGAUUCUGCGAUACGUGAGCAGUGGCUACAGCACCUAAGAUCGAAAGGGCUUCCAUAUUCUGAGAUUCCACAGCAAUUCUCCAUUUUGCACGUGGCUGCACAGUGGGGAGUCUCCGCUCUAGUAGAAUAUAUCUCUCAUCCGGAUGGUCAGGAACAUGUUGAUUUUGUCGACGGCUUAGGUAUGACGGCACUUGAGAUAGCUGCUCGGUCUAAAUAUCUAGACGUGGUUCCUGCCUUGCUAGGGCUUGGGGGGAAGGUGACUAUGCCGGUAGUAGAGGCUGCAGCUGGAAAUUACAUGAACGGCAAGGAAAUAAUAACACUGCUUCUCGACCAGCGGGGAGACCAGAUCACCAUCACCGAAGGGGUGGUGAAGGCUGCGGCUGGAAAUUACCGGAAUGGCGAGGAAGUAAUGGCACUGCUUCUCGACCGGUGGGGAGACCAGAUCACCAUCACCGAAGAGGUGGUGAAGGCUGCGGCUAGAAAUGACAGAAAUGGCAAGGAAGUAAUGGCACUGCUUCUCGACCGGCGGGGAGACCAGAUCACCAUUACUGAGGAGGUGGUGAAGGCUGCGGCUGGAUAUUACGGGAAUGGUAAGGAAGUAAUGGCACUGCUUCUCGACCGGCGGGGAGACCAGAUCACCAUUACCGAGGAGGUGGUGAAGGCUGCGGCUGGAAAUUACGGGAAUGGUAAGGAAGUGAUGGCACUGCUUCUCGACCGGCGGGGAGACCAGAUCACCAUCACCGAAGAGGUGGUGUCUAUGAUUGCCAAGAGAUUUGAUAAAGAAGUGAUGGUACUGCUUCUCGACCGGCGGGGAGACCAGAUCACCAUCACCGAAGAGGUGGUGAAGGCUGCGGCUGGAAAUUACGGGAAUGGCGAGGAAGUAAUGGCACUGCUUCUCGACCGGCGGGGAGACCAGAUCACUAUUACCGAGGAGGUGAUACUAUGAUUGCCGAGAGGUUUGAUAAAGAAGUUAUACCACUGCUUCUCGACCGGCGGGGAGACUAGGUAACUAUCCCCGAGGAUGUGAUGGAGGCUGCGGCCGGAAAUGAAGGGAAUAGCAAAGCGUAGCUGAGUGAGAUGUUGAAGGAUUCGCCAUGAAGGAACGACUGUCUCAGAGUAGACUUGGUAUCUGUCUGUUCCACUCGAGAGGAAGCUAUUUACAGUCCGGGAAAACUAGUAAUCUUUUAAGAAAGUAUUUUGGAGGUUCCUUUCAAGGCUUUUCCUUCAGGUAUUGUUUUUCUCAAAGUAAGCUACCUGGAAAGUCAGGAAGGGGUCGCUGAAUGGUGACUCCGGCGGCCUGCUCGCUGCGCUCGCUAUGAAGAAAUAUAGAACAAUGGUUUAUUUAGUAAAAUAUA